GGCGUGCGGAGCCCCACGCUCUGCAAGGUUCCCGGGCAUCGCAGCUGUGUCCCGAGGCAGGAGGCGGUUACAGGUACUCCUCCUCCGGCCCAGUAGGUCUGGGAGCCCGAGCCCUUGUGCAGUCCUACAGAGCGCGAAGCUGUCAGCGGCAGAGGGAGAGAAUGGAACAACUCCUCUUCCCCGGGGUGCGAGCAGCCCCGGCUGGCGGUGAGCGCGAGGGAGUCUGCUGAGAAGCCCGGCGGCUGGGAGGAACGUAGCUCUCCUGCCAGGGAUAGAGGAGACUGAAGAACGCUGAAGACAGGCUGAUGGGCUCAGUUGGUAGGCUCCACUGUCUCACCAUGACCGCUGCCGAAAAUCCCACACCUGGAGACCUAGCUCUGGCCCCCCUCGUCACUUGCAAACUCUGCCUGUGUGAACAGUCUCUGGACAAGAUGACCACGCUCCAGGAAUGCCGGUGCAUCUUUUGCACAGCUUGUCUGAGACAGUACAUGCAGCUGGCAAUCCGAGAAGGAUGUGGGUCUCCCAUCACUUGCCCUGACAUGGUGUGCCUAAACCACGGGACCCUACAGGAAGCUGAGAUUGCCUGUUUGGUAUCUGUGGAUCAGUUUCAGCUUUAUCAGCGGUUAAAAUCUGAACGAGAAGUUCACCUGGACCCCUACAGAACGUGGUGUCCUGUCGCAGACUGUCAGACAGUAUGCCCCGUCGCAUCAAGUGAGCCAGGACAGCCCGUGCUCGUGGAGUGCCCUUCUUGCCACCUGAAGUUCUGCUCGUGCUGCAAGGAUGCUUGGCACGCAGAGGUCUCCUGCAGAGACAGUCAGCCUAGCGUCCUGCCAACAGAGCACGGGGCCCUCUUCGUGACGGAGGCAGAAGCCCCCAUUAAGCAAUGCCCAGUGUGCCGGGUUUAUAUUGAACGCAACGAAGGCUGUGCUCAGAUGAUGUGUAAGAACUGCAAGCACACGUUUUGCUGGUACUGCCUCCAGAACUUGGACAAUGACAUUUUCCUCAGACAUUAUGACAAAGGGCCGUGUAGGAAUAAGCUCGGCCACUCGAGAGCCUCAGUGAUGUGGAACCGAACACAGGUCUGUGAGUUCCAAGAAAAUGUCCUCCUCUUCCAAUUGCCUGCAUCAAUGGAGUCCCAUUUAGCCGCACACUUGAAGGAUUACGCGUCAAUUUCGGAUCAGUGGGAGGCGGAACCCGCUGGGGCGGAACCCGCGGGGGUGGAACCAGGAGACUAUUAUCACCUGGUUCUCCUGAAAGAGAAGGUGAUACAGCCCAGAGCCUUUGCUGAGAAAGGUGUGUUCCUCAGAGGGAAAAACACAGGACAGCUGUUGUGGAGAAGCUUUUGGGCAGUUAAUGGAACAGGCUAAAGAAAUUCCAUAAAAAGUUAUGUGAUUCAUGCAAAAGAAUGAAAUUGGACCCUUACCUAACACCAUACACAAAAAUUAACUCAAAAUGAAUCAAAGGCCUAAAUGUAAGAUCCACAGGUGUAAAACUCUUAGAAGAAAACAUAGAGCCAAAGUUUUACCACUUUGGGUUUGACAAUGAUUUCUUGGACAUGACACCAUAGGCACAGGAAACAAAAGAAAAAAUAGACAAAUUGGUCUUUAUGGAAAUUAGAAAAUUUUGUGCAUCAAAAGACAAUGUCAACAGAGUAAAAAGGCAACCCACAGAAUGGGAGAAAAUAUUUGCAAAUCAUAUAUCUGAUAAGGGAUUAAUAUCCAGCAUAUAUAAAGGACUCUGAAGCUCAACAACAACAACAAAAACCAAACAACCCAAUUCAAAAAUUGGCAAAGAUCUUGAACAAACAUUUCUCUAAGAACAUACUCAAAUGGUCAAUAAGCACAUGAAAAGAUGCUCAACAUCAUUAAUCAUAAAGGAAAUGCAAAUCAAAACUACAGUGAGAUACCACCUCACACCCGUUAGGAUGGCUGCUAACAACAAUAGCAACAACAACAACAACAACAAAAAUGGAAAAUAACAAGUGAUGGCUAGGAUAUGAAGAAAUUGGAACCCUUGUGCAAAGUUGGUGGGAAUGUAAAAUGGUACAGUUGUGGAAAACAGUAUGACGAUUCCUCAAAAAAUUUAAAAAUAUGAUUACCAUAUGAGCUGGCAAUUCCCACUUCUGGGUAUAUACCCCCCCAAAUUGAAAGCAAGGUCUUGAAGAGAUAUUUGUACACCCAUGUUCAUAGCAGCAGUUUUCACAAUAGCUAAGAUGUGGAAGCAACCUAGAGUCCAUUGACAGACAAAUCAACAAGUAAAAUAUGGUAUAUAUUGGAUUGGCCAAAAAGUCCAUUUGGGUUUUUCCAUAACAUCUUAAGGAAAAACCUGAACGAGUUUUACAACAUGAAGAGAGUUACGGAGAUGAAUGGUGAUGAUGGUUGCAUAACAUUAUGAAUGUAUUUAAUACCACUGGAAUGUACACUUGA